CACGGCCUUGUCCGGCGCAUGCGCGGAUCAGAUCGGCCGUGCGCACGCGCAAGGUGCCCUCCCCAGCCCGCCCAGCGCGCAUGCGCAGCGGCGAUGAAGCGUCGAUAAGAGGCGAUAGUAGCCUUCAUGAAUACUAGGGAACACGAUGUCUAUGAUCCUAUUUGCCUAUGUUGUCCGGGUGAAGGAUGGGUUGCCGCUUUCUGCUUCCACAGACUUUGAAUACAGUAGGGAAUUGCAAGAAUGUAAAAAGCAUCUGAAGAUGGUGUCCAAAAUGCUUGGGCAAUUUCCUGGCCGUGGAACUGUGAAGAACAAUCAGCUUCACAUACAUUUUACUUCUUCACAGGGUGUUGCCUACAUGACCAUCUGCUGUAGCUACUAUCCCACAACGAUGGCGUUUUGUUUCCUAGAGGAACUUGGAAUGGAGUUUGUUUCUUCCUUUGAAGUUGCUAAAAUCCAGCUGGUAUCAAGACCCUAUGCUUUUCUUGAAUUUGACAGUGUGAUACAGAAGAUAAAAUGGCAUUAUAAUUAUUCAAACCGUCCAUCGUUAAAGAUCAGUGUGACAAAUAUCCAGAGGGAGCUAAAGGUGACGCCUCCCCGACAGGUGAAUCUGGAUGAUAUUGUGGUUACCAAUGGGACACUGAAUGGACAUCUGCAUUUAUGUUCUGGCUCUGCACCCAACUACAGACUGGAGCCCGUGAGUGCAGUUGGGAUCCUCUCAGUUAUCCUUAAUAUUGUAUGUGGAGCUCUCAAUUUGAUCCGUGGAGUUCACCUCAUUGAACACAACUUUCAGGACGGUAAUGAAGAAAAGGGAUCAGUUGUUGCAUUUCUUGUAGCUUUUAUUACCUGUGUACUUCAGUGUUACCUGUACCUCUUCUAUGUCUCGGCCAGGAUGAUCAAGGCACCUGGAGCACUGGCUCUUAUUUGUAUAUGCAAUUUUUAUUUAUUUGGGCUGAGGAACUUUUGGCAAAUCCUCUUCCACUUAGGGGUGGCUUGUCUAUCCACACAUCAGAUAUUGUCAAGGAAGCUCACAGAGAGACUAGCUGACUGUGGAGUCUGACCUGUUGACCAACUCUGCUGGUGGAAAAGUUCAGCGAUCGAGCUCUCUCAAACGUGCCUUCAGUAUGUCUGAUAAUGUCAACGCCAUUGUCAUUGCUGCAGUCACUGCCUGGACAAAAUGAAAUGCAAGGAGUCUAAAAUGUAUGCCCUUUCUCAAAAUGGCAAGUCCAACGAAAGAGAAAUGGAAUUUCCUUUGGUACGAGAGGAUGAUGAUAAGUCCUUCACAAGUCUAAAGUUUGGUGUAUGAUGAUAAAUCCAGAGGAAUAACUGGAUCAGUACCUCAUGGUGUGCAGAGGGAAAGCCGAGACCUAGUGUAGCCCUCACGUUUACCCGGCGGGAGAUGUUCAGAUGUGGGAAACGCCAUAUAUUCUAUUCUUUAAAGUCGUAUAUUCUGCCCGUAUUCCUACUGUAAAUUGUGGUGUUUCAUUUGGCAAGCUGUAGUUAUGUCCCAGAGUUGGUCUUGCAGCACCACCACUCCGUGAGAAGGUGGAAUUGCAAGAUGAUAGGGUCACUUUUCCCUGUAGAUAGAGACAGAGAGCCUGGAGAGAUGGUGGAGACAAGGAGAUUAAUCAGUUAUCAUGUUUUAAUAUGUGUAACUCAAAUAAUGAUCCUUUAUUUUAAAACAAAUUGAGGUUGAUUAACAGGAUAGCUCAAGAGAUAAUGUCUUUAGAAUUUAGUGCCAUUAAUCAUGUUGCAGUAAUUUUAUUCUCCAGAUGUGUUUUCCCAGAGUUUACUGGUUCAGAAGACUCUCCUUCACUCAGGUGGGAAGCAGUGAUAUAUUAAGGAUGUGUUGCAGCCAAACUGUUUGCUCAGAAGGCAACCAUUCAGUUUUGAAGAUUGUCAGAGUACUCCUUUGUUCAUUUCUCUGGCCUUUUGUUUGCUUGGAGGGACUUUCUUUCCAAGUUCCCAAUUGAACCCAAAGUGAUCCAGACCUCCCUUGAUCAGUGUCAACGUAAGUGGUACCUUGUGUCAUGAGCUUCCUGCACUCUGAUUCUUUUCUUACCACUGUGGCAUGCCAGGCAUUAAGUGUUGUUAACUCCAGCAGUGAAUGCUGCCUUUCCAUUCUGACAGGAUCAUGGUAUUCUAGUGCGACUCAUUAUAACUCGUGAUUUCCAGAAGGUGUUGAGUCCUAAAAUGAUGCCGUCCACUGCUUUAUCCACUUGGGAUUGCACUGCAUGUGACACGUGAUAUGUCUUACAGUAAAUCUGAAACCAUGUGACCCAGGACAUUUUCAUUCACUUGUACAGCUUGGUAUUCUGAAGGAAGCUAGAAUUCUUCAGGAGGAAAGGGAAUUGAUGAAUUGGUAUUGGUUUAUUAUUGUCACGUGUACUGAGAUACAGUGAAAAGCUUUAGUUUGCAUGCCAUCCGGACAGAUCACGCCGUACAUUGAGGUAGUAAAGAGAAAAACAGAAUCCAGAAUAUAAUGUCGCAGUUACAGAGAAAGUGCAGUGCAAGGGUCAUGACGAGGUCGAUUGGGAGAUCUGAGUUCAAGAGUCUGAUAGCAGCGAGAUAGAAAAUAUUUAUUUUCAUUCUGGCAUCAUUGGCCAGGCUACCACUUACGGGAUACUUCUGGCUGCCCUUGAGAAGAAGGUGAUGAGCUGCCUUCCUGGACCACUGCAGUUUGUGUGCUGCAGGUAUUGGCGCAUUCUUGCACGGGUGUUCCAGGCAAUGGAGAUACACGUCCAGAGUACCUUGAAGUUGGAUCAGUGGUCUUGCUUACUCCAACCUGAAUGCACAGAACAUUUGAGCGCUUUCUUUUACAGAUUAUGCAUGCACUAUUAUGGUUUUUAAAGAAAUUUUUAUAUUCAUUGUAUUUAUUCUAUUUCAAAUGUAAAGUCUUAGCUAACAAAUUAGUGUAAGUGCACUAUUGUCUAUAAUGUCUGUGCUAACUUUAGAGAUCUUUAGCAGUAGAUACAUGCAUUUUGACACAAAACUGGUUUUUGUGAUUGGUUCAUGUAUCUAUUGACUUGAUUAUAAGCCAAGGAUUCUAAAGGUUUACUUGAUAUUUGUCGUAACCUUGGGGGUGGGCCAUUGGCUGAAUAUUCAGCUUGUGGUAUGUACUUGGGUUGCCACUUCAAGUUCACACUGCAGGGCUGAAUACUUCAGUGUGGGGUUAGUGCAGGUUGGUUCUCACUUUCCCAUCUUAUGAGCAGCAGAGCUUCCUAAAUGGGCAAGGAGCUGCCCUACUGAUCUGUUUAUACUGAAUUGGUUUUAUGUUCCCCACCAAUAUGACACAAAGUUCCACUGCCCCUCUAGCCCACUUGCCCUCUCCGAAAGAGAUGUGACUUGACACCUUUAAGUGACCCUAUCACCUCCUUUGCUAACUACUUGCGCAGAGAAUCCUUCUUUCCUACAUCAUAAAGUUGGUCCUGAGGUAGCUGUGACAGCUGGGGAACCUGAGAGGCUGUAUGGUGCUUUGUGUUAUGUGUGAUUCUUCAGCUGAGUGACAGAUGGCACCCAUCUCCUCUCUAGGCAAACUGUACUGCACUUGAUGUACCUAAGUGGUCUUCCAGCCAGGUAUGAUCCAGGCCUCUGCUUAGAUCAGAGUGGAUCAGGUGUUCCCGGACUAGUACCAAUGGGCAUCUGCUCUCUUCACAGUCUGCUGUCUUUGCUGAAAGGUGACAAAAACAAGAUCUGAUUGGUUCUCAUGGAACUUGACCUCCAUUCACAAAAUGAAACCAAUCUGUUGACAUUUAGAGUUAUAGAGUCAUACAGCACGGAAGCAGGCUCUUCGGUCCAACUGGAUCAUGCCAACUACCAUUCCCAUUGGCCGCGUUUGGCCCAUAUUCCUCUAAAUUUUUCCUAUUCAUGUACCUGUCCAAGUACCUUAUAAACGUUGCUAUUGUACCUGCCUCAACCACUUCCUCUGGCAGCUCAUUCCAUAUACGGACUACCCUCUGGGUGAAGAAGUUGCCCCUCAGGUUCCUAUUAAACCUCUACCCUCUCACCUUAAACCUGUGCCCUCUAGUUCUUGAUUCCCCAGCUCUGGAAAACAAAUUGUGCGCAUUAACCCUAUCUAUGCCCCUCAUAAUUUUAUGCACCUCUAUAAGGUCACCCCUUAUUCUCCUACGCUCUAAUGAAAAAAGUCCCAACCUGCUCAACCUCUCUCCAUAAUUUCUGCUUGUUUCACUGGUCUGGAGAGGGAGGAGUUUCCUUAUGCUCAUAUUCAAGGCGAUGGAGGUGUGUCAACCUGACUAGAACACAGAUCGUGAUUUGAAUCUUGAACUCUGAGAGUUAGCUGCCAAAAAAUGGCUUUUGCACAAGAGUUGCAGAAUGUACUGCCUCAUAGAUUCACAUUUAACUGUAGUGUUUGGAGCAAAAAGCAAACUGCUGGAGGAACUCAGCGGGUCAGGCAGCAUCUGUGGAAGUAGGGGGAUGGUCAACUUUACAUGUCAAGACCGUGCAUCAGGAAAUGUCGACCCGACAGAAGUUUAUAUGAGAGGCAGAAAUAGCAUAGACAGCCAGAAUCUUUUUCCCUGGGUAGAAAUCUCAAAUACCUGAGGGCAUAAAUUUAAGAUGAGAGGGGGAAAGUUUGAAGGAGAUGGGUUUUUACACAGAGUGGUGGGUAGUGCUGGAAGCAGGUACGAUAAUGGCGUUUGAGAGGUGCUUAGACAGGCACAUGAAUCUGGGGGAUAUGAAUCAUGUGCAGGCAAAAGGAAUUAGUUUAAUUUGGCAUCAUGGUUGGCACAGACGUGGUGGGCCAAAAGGCCUGUUCCCAUGCUGUAAUCUUCCAUGUUGUACUGGAGCCCUGGGGCGAGGGAGCUUAUUAAAAAAUACUAAAAUGGUUUCCCAUUUUCUGCAUUGAUUUUUUUUGUCUGAGAACAACUGAUGAAGCUUCUUAUUGUAGCCAGAGCAGCAACUUAGUGGCAACCAGCUCCUGCUUUUGCACGUCUCCCACACAGAUUUUUGGAGACUCCACUGAUCUUGCAUCUGCCACAUGUAAUGAAGUGUGCAAUGCUGGGGAUUGUUCAUGACAUGGCAUCCACUAGUAAGGUUGAAGUUUGUGUCCCAGCACCUGGAUAUAAAACUGCAGCUGACAGCUGCUUAGGUGGUAUGAGAGGAGACUUAUCUUCACAAUGAAAUGAACCAUGCUGUGUUAUUACUUUACAUGAUAGAAGAAUAUAAUAUUUAAGAUUAUGAGAGGCAUAGAUAGGGUAGAUAGUAAAAAAUCUUUUUCCCUUGAUAGAGGUAUCAAAAACAAGAGGACAUAGGUUUAAGGUGAGGGGAAGGAGUUUUAAAAGGGAUUUGAGAGGUAAGUUUUUACAGAGUAGUUGAUAUCUGGUACAUGCUGCCAGAAGCAGUGGUGGAGUCAGAUACAAUCACUAUGUUUAAAAGGUAUGUAGAUAGGCACAUAAUAGGCAAGGCAGAGAAGGAUAUGGCCCUAAAGCAGGCAAAUGCAAGCUUAGUGUAGACGGGCAAAAAGGUUGGCAUGGAAGUGGUGGGCCGAAGGGCUUGUUUCUGUGCUGUAUGACCGACUGUUAUCCAACAAAUGUGUUUGCAGACAAGCAAGUCUUGAGUUUGACCAUUCAGCAAGUUUUCCAACGUCACUUUCACUCUUUUAAUGGAAGCACUCUGAAUGUGUUUUGGGCACCAUUGAGUGAGCUGUGGAUGUUGUGCUCUGUUUUCUUGUACUUGUACCGUCACAGGAGGUGAUUCUUCCCGUCAGGUCAGUGCUGACUGCCGGAGGAGCAGUCACAUUAAUCUCAUUCUCUCCCCUUAGUUCCCUGUACUUCUGCAACUUGCCUGUCUCACCCAUGAACUCCCCUUUGAUUCCUUCUGCAUUAAUUGACAGCAAGGGAUAACUUACAGUGGCUAAUUUACCUACCUACACAUCUUUGAGAUAACCAAAGCACCCAGAAAGAAAACCCACCUGGUCAUAGCUGGAAUGUUCAAACUCCACACGGACAGUGCCCAAGGUCAGGAUUGAACCCAGGUCCCUGGAGCACCUGCAUGUCGCAGGAGGAGGUGCAAAGUAUAUAGUUGUGGCGCACUGGUUAAAUUAAUGACUGGAAACCAAGAGGCCUGGACAAAUAAUGCAGAGACCCCGGUUCAAGUCCCACCAUAGCAGCUGUGGAAUUUAAAUGAAUUUAAUAAUCUGUAAUUUAUAUUAAAAAAGUGAUUAUGAUCAUGAAACUAUUGGAUUGUUGUAAAAACCCAUCUGAUUUACUAAUGUCCUUUAUGAAAGCAAAUCUGCUGUCCUUAUCGACGUCUAUGUGUGACUCCAUAUCCACUCUUAAGUGCUCCCUGAAAUGGCUUAGCAACCUUUUCAGAUCAAGAGCAGUUGGGGAUGGGCAGUAAGUGCUGAACUUGCCCAGAUCCUGAAGGACGAAUUAAAAGAAGAGCAGUAAGACUGAAUUUACUGUCUCUAUAAUCAGUGCGUGGAGGUAGCAGUCUCACAGAGUGAAACUGUUGCCUGUUAGGAAAAUGAGAGAGAACCGUAUGAGUUUGGAUAACAUAGAAUAAUAAGGUGGAGUGGGUUUGAAUUAUCCAAAAUCCUCCAGCAUUGGCAACAGGUUACUGGAGGAUUCUAUUUUAUGUAUGGUAUUUUUAAAUGUUGAUGUAUUUAUAUGUCAUUUGGAGGUACAUCAUAGAACAAGAAUAGUAGAGCCAUCCUGUCUGUGCCAGAUUGAUCUGAUGAAAACCUAUAUAUUGUUUGGAAAUGUACGAAAACAUAUUUGAAUGGAAACAUGAACAUUUUAAUACUUUUUGCACUGUUGUACAAUAACUAAGAAGUCUGAUGUUUUAUAUGCUCCGUUUAUCAUCAGCCUCAGUUUUUGCAUGUCAAACUAAAUUUCUCAAUACAUUGCUAAUGAAAUUACUGAUGAAAUAAAGAUCUAUUCUGCAAAUGUAUUUGCUUUAAAACCUGCAUCGUCAGCCAUCAUCUUGUUUGAAGUCUGAAGAGAAAAGCACAAUUUUAUGGAAAGUUUGGACAAGCAGACAGUAGUGAGUGAUGUGGGUCAUUGCUCAUGCACCAGCCGCUUGCAGGCAUGUUAGUUCUUUCUAGUCUUUAGCUUCUUAUAAACUCUAAACUGUUCCAUAUCCCAGACUGCUCAUUUUGAACCUCUGUACCUUAGCCUAACUUCCCUCCCCUGCCUCAGCUCAUCUGCUGCUGAAACUCUCAACCAACUUUGUUAUCUUUGGAUAAAAUAUUCCUUUUCUAUUUGGUAAGCUUGUGAUCUUUUGAAUUUCUGUUGCCCUUCACCUAACUUACACCAUCCUACUCAUCUACCACCUGUAACUGAUGACCUACACUUUUCCUGGUUAAGCAAAGCCUCUUGAAAGUCCUCUCCUCAUUUACUGUGGUCUCACCCCUCCCUUUCUGUGUAAUCUU